AUGAAUAAUUUAUUUGCUCUUCAAAACCCCUUACUUUUCCCUGCUGAUUUCGGUAACUCGCCGGCAUUUCAGUUCAGCAGAUUCUUACCAAAUUUACAAAAUUGUCAUAUAUCUGCUCCAGUGCACGAGUUCAAACCAACCUCCUCAUUUAUUAGCAGUAAUUCAACAUCUGAUGAAGCUGAUGAUAAUCAGAUCAGUAUAAUUGACGAGAGAAAGCAACGAAGAAUGAUAUCUAACAGGGAAUCUGCUCGAAGAUCGAGGAUGAGGAAGCAAAGGCAGCUUGAUGAGCUAGGGGCGCAGGUUUUGCAUCUUAGAGCCGAGAAUCAGACUCUCAUGGAGAAGUUGAAUCGUGCAUCGGAGAGUCGGGAUAGGGUUGUUCAAGAGAAUGAACGGCUCAAGGAAGAAGCUUCUGAUCUUCGCCAGAUGCUGAUUGAUCUCCAAAUUGGCGAUUCGUACGCUAGUUUUAGAGAUUUUCUUGAAGAUAUACCUUGCAACACAGCUCAUCUCAUGGCUGAAUUUUCUAACCAGUCCAUCACUACUGCCACAAAUAUUCUCCACUAA